CUACCCUCCACACAUUUGUUUAUCUUUUGUUUAUCCGUUCUUCAUCAUUCUCAAAAUCCACGCAGUUCCUUUCUGGUGUUUGUUGCGAGGCCUCUCUUGUUUGUGGUUUCAGAUUUUUCACAGGAAAAAACAGAACAAAAAGUCAUUAUCAAAGCCCCUUCUAAGCUCGAGCUCUAGCUUUAAUGAUCUGAAUCUGAUCUAUCGGAGUCUUCGGUCCUGUUGAAGCAUGGACAGAAUCAUCGGUGGUAAAUUCAAGCUCGGCCGUAAGAUCGGUAGUGGAUCCUUCGGUGAAAUUUAUCUCGCUACGCACAUCGAUACGUUUGAGAUCGUCGCUAUUAAGAUCGAGAACAGAAGAACAAAGCAUCCGCAGCUGCUUUACGAAGCCAAACUGUACAAUAUUCUACAAGGAGGAAGUGGAAUUCCAAGCAUAAAAUGGUCAGGUGUUGACGGGGAAGAAAAUGUACUUGUUCUCGAUUUGCUUGGACCGAGUCUGGAAGAUCUUUUUGUGUACUGUGGCAGGAAAUUUUCGCUGAAAACUGUCUUAAUGUUGGCUGAUCAAAUGAUUACAAGAAUUGAAUAUGUUCACUCGAAGGGAUUUCUUCAUAGAGAUAUAAAGCCUGAUAACUUCCUCAUGGGACUUGGUCGCAAAGCAAAUCAGGUCUACAUAAUUGAUUUUGGGCUUGCGAAAAGAUAUCGAGACUCUGUUACUAAUCGCCACAUUCCCUAUAGAGAAAACAAGAAUUUAACUGGCACUGCACGUUAUGCAAGUUGCAACACACAUCUUGGAAUAGAGCAAAGUCGGCGGGAUGAUUUGGAGUCACUUGGCUAUGUACUUCUAUAUUUUCUUAGAGGAAGCCUUCCAUGGCAAGGUUUGAAAGCUGCCACAAAGAAGCAGAAAUAUGAUAAAAUAAGUGAGAAGAAAGUGUCCACUCCUAUUGAGGUUCUUGGUAAGUCUCAUCCGGUGGAGUUUGCAUCCUACUUUCAUUAUUGUCAUUCUUUGACAUUUGAUCAACGACCUGAUUAUGGAUUCUUGAAGCGCCUGUUCCGUGAUUUAUUUGCUCGUGAAGGUUAUGACUUUGACUACAUAUUUGACUGGACAAUCAUCAAGUACCAGCAGGCCCAGAAAAGUAGAUCUCAUCGCCAAUUACAGUCAACUCCUGGAGGUAGCAGUAGUCGGCCAUUGCCGGUUGGCGCAGAUAAUCAUCAAGGAGGCAUCAGUGCUACUUAUUCAACGGACAUCAAUCGAUCAAGCAAUGUUUUGGGUCAUGGUGUCCAUAUGCAAUUUAAACCAGCAACAGGAAAGAAUUUGAUUUCUGAUACUACUCUUGAUAAAAAUAUUUUCCCCUCUCAUUCUCCCUCGUCCUCAUUUUCACCUGCUGGCACCUCAAAAAGAAAUGGUCAGAAAUCAACUUUGCCCCCUGAUGCUGCUAAUUCCGGCCGUGGACAAGGAAACAAAAUCGGACCUUCAAGUAGUUUGAUUUCAUCAUUGCAGCGCAUUUCUUCUGCCAAAUGAUGAAAAUGUGCCACCACGAGGGAAGAUUAGGAAAAUCACAAUUCAGGGACGCAUUUGAAGACCUUAAGACAAAUAUUUAUCUACGUGUUAACCAUGGCAGAUCUAGUAAAGGCUGCUAAAUCCCGCCCGGUGAACACUGAAGACGCUAGUGAUGGUAAUAUCUUUCCCUAAGUCCUUGAUUCUGCUACUAUCUACAUUUGAGCCGUGCCUUCGGUUUCAACUAGAUUGGGUGGGAUUGGUUAGUCUAACAGGGUAGUAUGCCGACAAUAUGUAACCACCAAGCUUGUCGUAUCAUGUAAAACCCCAAUAGAAGUUGUUCAGGAUAGUCGGAGAAGAUAGACAGUAAACUACAAUUUGCUUUUCACUGUGGCCACUCGGAUUUCAGAGGUCCGAGGAGCUCUAAGUGGCUAAGAUUGGACUUUAAGCAAUUUCAUGUCGUGUAUGAAGUUCCGAACCAGGUGGGGGGAUAAAACAUUCCCCAUUCACCAAUUGUCAAAUUUAAGAAUUCUUUUUUCUGUUUAUUGACUCAAGUAUUAGUCAGGUCUCGAUCCUGUGCAACCGAAACCGGUUGACGGUAGCAUUUGCUUCAAGCUCCUUCAGGUAUGUAGAACUACUGAAACCACCGGUGAUUAAAUAUGCUUUCUCGAAAACUGAUGCAAUUUAUGCCUGUAGUUGGUCUUAAAAUGUCGGGAAAACUGGCUAGCUUUGUAAUUAGUAUGAAAA